GACCAGUAGUCCUCCAUGCUAGCGCCGUUCUUUUGUUGUGAUUAGCCGUCCGGCGGUUGUAAGGUUUGCAAUAAUAACCCACGUUGUUCCACAAAGGCGCUGUCGAGAACAGUCCGAAGAUGAGCGGCGGAGUGUACGGUGGAGACGAGGUGGGAGCGCUGGUGUUCGACAUUGGCUCCUACUCCGUGAGAGCUGGCUAUGCGGGAGAGGACUGUCCCAAAGCCGACUUCCCCACGGUGAUAGGUGUGACACUUGACCGCGAGGACGGCACCACUCCCAUGGAGACGGAUGGCGACAAAGGCAAGCAGAGCGGCACCACUUACUUCAUCGACACCAACCAGCUGAGGAUCCCCAGGGAGAACAUGGAGGUCAUGUCCCCCCUCAAGAACGGCAUGAUCGAGGACUGGGACAGUUUCCAAGCCAUUUUGGACCACACUUACAAGAUGCACUUCAAGUCCGAGCCGAGCCUGCAUCCAGUACUCAUGUCGGAAGCGUCAUGGAACACGCGAGCAAAACGGGAGAAACUCACCGAGCUGAUGUUCGAGCAUUACAACAUUCCCGCCUUCUUCCUCUGCAAAUCCGCCGUGCUUUCUGCCUUUGCCAACGGGCGAUCUACAGGCCUGGUCCUGGACAGCGGCGCCACACACACCACAGCAAUACCCGUGCAUGACGGCUAUGUCCUGCAGCAAGGCAUCGUCAAGUCCCCCCUGGCUGGAGACUUCAUGAGCAUGCAGUGUAGAGAACUUUUCCAGGAGUUGAGCGUAGAAAUCAUCCCUCCGUAUAUGAUCGCGUCAAAGGACGGAGUGCGGGAGGGAUCGCCGGCCAGCUGGAAGAAGAAGGAGAAGCUACCUCAAGUCACUCGCUCGUGGCAUAACUACAUGUGUAAUUGUGUCAUCCAAGACUUCCAGGCGUCGGUGCUGCAGGUGUCUGACUCGCCAUAUGAUGAACAGGUUGCCGCCCAGAUGCCCACCGUGCACUACGAGCUGCCCAACGGCUACAACUGUGACUUUGGGGCGGAGAGGCUGAAGAUCCCCGAGGGUCUGUUCGACCCCUCCAACGCCAAGGGCUUGUCCGGGAACACCAUGUUAGGCGUGGGUCACGUGGUGACCACCAGCGUGGGAAUGUGCGACAUCGACAUCCGGCCGGGUCUGUAUGGCAGCGUGGUGGUGACCGGGGGAAACACGCUCAUCCAGGGCUUCACCGACCGCCUCAACAGAGAACUCUCCCAGAAAACACCCCCGAGCAUGCGUCUGAAGCUGAUCGCCAACAACACCACAGUGGAGCGUCGCUUCAGUGCCUGGAUAGGCGGCUCCAUCCUGGCAUCACUUGGAACCUUCCAGCAGAUGUGGAUCUCCAAACAAGAGUACGACGAGGGAGGCAAGCAGUGUGUGGACCGGAAGUGCCCUUAAUGUGAAAAUAAUAAUGACUCAUCCAUAUCUCCUUUUUGUAUCGUUUUUUUUUUUUUUUGUCAAGCGUGUUACUUUUUUGUGGCUUGUGUUGCGGACGCCAACACGUCUACAAAAAUGAUAUUUUCUAGUCCUCAAGCUCUGGUGUUCGGUGGAAAAAAACACUCAGCAACAAAAGCUUUUGGUUUGCAAAAUGUGUCUCCCCGGCAUUUUUCUACGGAAAACUUUUGAAGCUCACCGUCAAUUAUGAAGAGUUUUGUCACAACUUUGAGUUGCUUGUAGUCAGCUCAUCGUAAUUAAACUAUUUAAUUCUU